AUGUCGGACGAGCUACCGAACACUCUACCUCCUAUGCGCGAGGUAGAUCACAAGACUGAGUUGGAGGUGGGAACCAAGCCACCCACACAUGCACCAUACCGCAUGGCUCCACCCAAGUUAGAAGAGCUAAGGAAACAAUUGAAAAAGCUCCUCGAGUCCGGUCACAUUCGCCCGUCCAAAACACCUUAUGGCGUGUCGGUUCUAUUUCAAAAGAAUAAGGACGGGUCAUUGCGCUUAUGCAUCGACUACCGGGCGCUCAAUAAGUCACAAAAGAAGAUCACCCCGAAGCAAACUAGGUGGAAAAACUUUCCCGAGUUCGACUACGUCUUGGAGUACAAGCUGGGAAGGGGCAAUGUUGUGGCGGAUACACUUAGUGGGAAGGUUGAACUUGCUGUCAUUACUACCGCGCAUUGUGACAUUCAGGAUGCUAUCAAGGAUGGCAUGCAACACGAUCUGAAAUCCAUGAAGCUUAUGGAGUUGGCCGCCCAAGGCAAGACAAGGCGUUUUUGGGUGAAAGAUGGUUUUUUGCUAACAUCCGAACGGAGGGUUUAUGUACCCAACUUUGGGUCGAUCAAGUGGCGAAUCAUUAAGAAGAGCCACGAUACACCGUGGACUGGGCAUUCGGGGCAGCGACGAAUAAGGGCGUUGAUCGAGGCAAUUUAG